CUUAGAGAUCUUGUCAAAACAAAAAAUACAGCUCUAUCUAUCUUUGAGAUCAUAUCAUAUCACAAUUCAUAUUUCAAUCAAACCAAAUUAACUUCUUCAGUGAACUCCUUCACAUUCUUCAAAUGGAGAUGACCCUUUCUUCCUCUUCUGCAUUCUCUCUUCCUUCUACACCUUCCAAUCCUUCGCUUUUCCUUCUCAGUUCAUCUUGCCCCUUCGCAUCUUUCAAAAUCCCACCUUUUUCCAAAUGUCGCAUCAGAGCUUCUGUUGCUGUUGAGCAACAGACGCAACAAACCAAAACUGCGAUUAUUAGAAUUGGUACUAGAGGAAGUCCACUAGCUUUGGCUCAGGCACACGAGACUAGAGACAAACUCAUUGCAUCACAUACAGAGUUAGCCGAAGAAGGGGCUAUUCAGAUUGUGAUAAUAAAAACUACCGGUGAUAAAAUACUAUCGCAACCGCUUGCAGACAUAGGUGGGAAGGGUUUGUUUACUAAAGAAAUAGAUGAGGCACUCAUAAAUGGGGACAUUGAUAUUGCAGUUCACUCAAUGAAAGACGUUCCUACCUAUUUGCCCGAGAAAACAAUUUUGCCAUGUAACCUUCCACGAGAGGAUGUUAGAGAUGCGUUUAUAUCUUUAAGUGCAGCUUCACUAGCUGAUCUACCGGCUGGAAGUGUUAUUGGUACCGCAUCACUUAGACGAAAAUCGCAAAUCCUCCACAGAUAUCCAUCUCUAAGUGUGCAAGAUAAUUUCCGUGGAAAUGUGCAAACAAGGCUUAGAAAACUAAGUGAGGGGGUUGUCAAAGCUACCUUAUUGGCUCUAGCUGGACUGAAACGAUUAAAUAUGACAGAAAAUGUUACUUCAACACUGUCAAUUGAUGAUAUGCUUCCAGCUGUUGCGCAAGGUGCAAUUGGAAUAGCCUGUAGAAGCAAUGAUGAUAAAAUGGCAGAAUAUCUUGCUUCGCUGAAUCAUGAAGAAACAAGAUUAGCAAUUUCCUGUGAAAGAGCCUUCCUUACGACUUUGGAUGGUUCUUGCCGAACGCCUAUUGCGGGGUAUGCUAGCAGAGACAAGGAUGGAAAUUGCUUGUUUAGAGGAUUAGUUGCUUCCCCCGAUGGAACCCGUGUGCUUGAAACUUCCAGAAUCGGUCCUUAUGCUUAUGAAGAUAUGAUGAAGAUGGGUAGGGAUGCGGGUGAGGAGCUUCUUUCUCGAGCUGGACCUGGUUUUUUCAAUAGUUAAUAACCUAGAUUAUAAGUUUCAACACUCAAUCGGUAACACAGGUAUGGUAGGUUGUAUUAUCAGAGCUUUUAAAAUGGGUGCCUUCCUAGUUUGUUAUUCUUUUUCAACUGAACUCCUUAUCAGGAUCAAAUUGUUGUAUUUUAUUAGGUGAUUGGAAAGCCAAAUUUUUGUAAUAUUUAUUGUUCCUGCAAUAGUGAAGUUUUAGAGUUCCUGCUUAACACAGAAAUUUCAAUAGGUGAUUCUGGACUCUGGUUCAAGAAAGCAACAAUUAAAAUAUAUGUUGGUGUUUUUUUCUGUAUAAUGUCAAAAAAUGUUGUAUUGUUAA